ACACAUAUACGCAAACGCAAGCAGCGACAGCGCAAGCAGCGGCGCAGCAGCCAACAGAGCCCAUAUACUCGCCGUGUGCGCCCCGUGAGCUAUCUAGUAGAUAAAAACUCGCCGACUCGCCGACAACAAGCAACAGACAACAGUCAACAAUCAGCCAAGAGGCAACCAACACUCACACACACACACACGCACACUCACACUUCAACACACUCUUAACAACAACAACAACAAUCUAAAGUAAAUGAAUUCUUUUUUUCCAUAAAUGUGCAAAAAUUGUGUAUAAAAAAAAAUUGCAGUCAAAAAUGCAAAUCGAAGAUUAACAACAAAAAAAAAUCAAUUAUUAAGAUUAUUGUCGAAUUCAAUUACAAAAUUUCGGUGGCAAAAAUAAAGUGCAAGCAAAACGAAGCAGCGAAAAAAAAAACACAACUGAAAAAAAGGCAACAAAAAAAAAAAAAAAACACGCGUGUGUUAUCUAAUCGUAAAUACAGAAGAGAGAGCGAGAGAGAAAGAGUACAACAAAAGUCUAAAGCGAGUAAUAAAAAUAAUUAUAAUAAUAAUAAUGAUAUACAAAUAUCGGAAAUAAAAGCGAAUUGCUCAAGAAAAGUCGAAGAAAGCAAUAACAACAACAACAACACAACUUUCGAGUGCUUUUGCGGUAAAAAAAAAAACGGUUAACGGUAAACGGUUCGGGUUCGGAUUCGGUUCGGUUUCUCGGUUUUCGAAUACAAAACAACAGAUAUAUUUUCAUAACGUAUUUUUUUUACUGUUUGUAAUCAAUUAAUUUUUUUUCUUUGCUGUGCUGUGACUAAAACAAAAAGUUCUUAACGAAAACAACAAAACAAAAAACAAAUCAAAAAUGAAUGAUAAUAAUAAUAAUAACGCCGCCUUGGCCACGGCCACAGGAACAGUGCAAACCCUGGAGAACAACAACAACAACAACAACAACAGCAGUGAACAAACAACAGGAGAAAACAACAACACAUCGAACCACAUCGCAUCACAUUAUCAGAGCAAAUUGCAUCACCUGCUGCUUGUGGCGCUUCUCAUCUGCCUGUCCAGUGUGACCAGCUGGCCCCAAACGGUGCAAGCGCGACGUCAUGCUCCGCUCAUGUUCGAGGAGGCCGACACGGCCAGACGUUCCAAUAGACCAGCUGUAACCGAAUGUCAAUUUGGCAAAGUUCUUCGUGAAUUGGGCUCCACUUGGUAUGCGGAUCUUGGGCCUCCUUUUGGUGUCAUGUAUUGCAUCAAAUGCGAAUGCGUUGCGAUACCGAAGAAGCGACGCAUUGUUGCACGUGUGCAAUGUCGCAACAUUAAGAACGAGUGUCCGCCAGCUAAAUGCGAUGAUCCCAUCUCAUUGCCCGGCAAAUGCUGUAAGACUUGUCCCGGAGAUCGUAACGACACGGACGUCGCUUUGGAUGUGCCUGUGCCCAGCGAAGAGGAGGAGCGCAACAUGAAACAUUACGCGGCUCUGCUAACGGGACGCACAUCCUACUUCCUGAAGGGCGAGGAAAUGAAAUCCAUGUACACGACAUACAAUCCACAAAACGUUGUGGCCACCGCCCGCUUUCUGUUCCACAAGAAGAACCUCUACUAUUCGUUCUACACAUCGGCGAAAAUCGGUCGCCCCCGUGCCAUACAAUUCGUGGACGAUGGUGGCGUCAUCCUCGAGGAGCAUCAACUGGAGACGACCCUCAGCGGCACUUUGAGCGUGUAUCAGAAUGCCACCGGAAAGAUUUGCGGCGUUUGGCGACGCGUGCCACGCGAUUACAAGCGCAUCUUGCGCGACGAUCGGUUGCAUGUGGUGCUGCUGUGGGGCAACAAACAUCAAGCCGAAUUGGCACUCGCCGGUAAGAUUGCCAAAUACACGGCACUGCAAACGGAACUCUUUAGUUCACUGCUCGAGCCUCCACUCACGGCUAGCGGUAAACCCGAUCCUCAGCUUGCCGGCGCCGGUGGCACAGCGAUUGUCUCGACAUCGAGUGGCGCAGCGAGUUCGAUGCAUUUGACCCUCGUCUUUAACGGUGUUUUUGGCGUUGAGGAGUUUGCCGAUGCAGCGUUGAAUGUGCGCAUCGAAUUGCCGGAACGCAAAGAACUGAUCUUCGAUGAGUUGCCCCGUGUGCGAAAACCCUCGGCGGAGAUCAAUGUACUUGAGUUGUCCUCACCGAUUACCAUACAGAAUUUGCGUCUGAUGUCGCGGGGCAAACUCCUGUUGACCGUCGAGUCGAAGAAAUAUCCCCAACUGCGCAUCCAGGGACACAUUGUGACCCGGGCGAGUUGUGAGAUCUUCCAGACACUCUUGGCACCGCCGCAUGGCAACGAACUGAGCACGAGGAGCAGCGGCUUGGCUUGGGUCUAUCUCAACACGGACGGUUCGUUGGCGUACAACAUUGAGACGGAUCAUGUGAAUACUCGCGAUCGUCCGAACAUCAGUCUGAUCGAGGAGCAGGGCAAACGCAAGGCAAAGCUUGAGGAUCUAACGCCCAGUUUCAAUUUCAAUCAGGCCAUCGGCAGUGUGGAGAAGCUGGGACCUAAAGUCCUAGAGUCCUUGUAUGCGGGUGAACUCGGUGUCAAUGUGGCCACCGAGCAUGAGGCGAGUUUGAUACGCGGUCGUUUGGUGCCACGUCCUGUGGCCGAUGCUCGAGACUCUGCGGAACCAAUUCUCCUGAAGCAACACGGCGAGCACGGAGCAACUGGAGCCAUGGCCAUGGCCUGGAUGUCCAUUGACAACGAAUGCAAUCUCCACUACGAACUGACGAUGAGUGGCAUCAACACGGCGCAGGAUUUGCAAUUGUAUUUGGAGGAGAAACCAAUUGAGGCAAUCGGGGCACCGGUCACACGGAAAUUGCUCGAGGAAUUCACUGGGAAUUACAUGGAAGGCUUUGUCCUCGGUAUGCCAUCGGCUGAGCUGAUUAAACUCGAGACGAGCGUCUGCUAUUUGGAGUUGCACACGAAGCACACGCAUCAGUUGUUGUUGCGUGGCAAGCUGAAGAGCACCAAAGUCCCGGCGCAUUGUUUCCCUAUCUAUACGGAUAAUAAUGUCCCGGUGCCGGGGGAUCACAACGAUAAUCAGAUGUUGAAUGGCGGCGAAACGAAAUGCUUUCACUCCGGUCGCUUCUACAACGAAUCGGAGCAGUGGCGCAGUGCUCAGGAUACGUGCCACAUGUGUGCCUGUCAACGGGGUCAAGCGAAUUGUGAGCUGAUCAAGUGUCCCGCUCUAAAGUGCAAAGCGGCCACCGAGCAGCUGUUGCAACGCGACGGCGAAUGCUGCCCCACUUGUGUGGCACGUCGCGAAACCGCCGCCGAUUGGCAUGCCACAACACCAGACGGUGGAAGUUCAUCCUCAUCAUCAUCAUCAUCAUCGCCCGCUUUGAAUGCCAGCGAUCUGCUGUUGCAGCCACGUCGCGGCUGCCGGUUGGGCGAUCAAUUCCAUGCCGCCGGGGCCAGUUGGCAUCCGUUCUUGCCACCGAAUGGCUUUGACACGUGCACCACAUGCAGCUGCGAUGCUGCCACACUUGAGGUGCGCUGCCCCCGCAUGGUUUGUCCCCCCUUGCAGUGCAGUGAGAAGCUCGCCUAUCGACCGGACAAGAAGGCCUGCUGCAAGGUUUGUCCCGAGGGCAAGCAGAGCAAUCAUGGCAGUAAGCAUACGCCCAGUAAUCCCAAUGUGUUGCACGAUCAGGCCAUGCAACGUUCGGCGGCGCACAGUGCUGAGGAAACGCUUGCCGCCGGUGGUUGCAAGGUGGUCAACAAGAUCUACGAGAACGGACAGGAAUGGCAUCCGAUUCUGCUGUCGCACGGCGAACAAAAGUGCAUCAAAUGCCGCUGCAAGGACUCGAAGGUGAACUGCGAUCGCAAGCGAUGCUCGCGAUCAACGUGCCAGCAAACGCGUGUCUCGAACAAGCGUCGCGUGUUCGAUAAACCUGGCAGCGAGUUGGCAGCCCCGCCAAUCGAUGAAUGCUGUUCGACGCAAUGCCGGCGAUCGCGGCGUCAUCACAAACGGCAGCCGCAUCAUCAGCAACGUGCCACAAGCAGCUGAGCAAAUGUGAGACAGAGAGAGAGAGAGAGCGAGAGAGUGAAAGAGAGCGAGAAGAAAACUUGUAUUAUAUGAAAAAAACUGGAUAACACACACACACACACACAGAGAACGCACAGAGAAUGAAACCGUGAGAGAGAGAGAGAGAGACAGCGAGCGACAGCAAGAAAGAGUGAUCGAUAAAUCGAUCGAUAUACGAUAUAUGAUACACACAUUAUGCAUCUACAUAUAUGUAGGCUAUAACCAGUGCAGAGUUGGCUUUAACAACACAAAUUCUCUUCUUGUAGCGCGCAUUUUGUUCGAUCUUUUUUUUUUUAUUUUUUGGAGCAAAACAAAAACGAAAAGAAAAACCAAAAUCGAAAUCGCAAUCGCAAUUCUCCCCGCUUCUACUAUGCACAAUCUAUUCUGCUUCUUCUUCAUUUCAAUGAAUUUAAAUUCACAUUUAAAUUGCAAUUUGAAAGCGUAAGAAACAAAUCAAUAAAAAACCAGAAAAAAAGAAAAUGAGUAAUAAAGAAUAACAAAAAUACACUUGGAAAAAAGAAAAAGAAGAAAAAUACACAAGCGAUAUAUAUCGAUUAUAGUAUAUCGAAAGAUAUAGACACCACAUACAUACGAGAGCAUGUAUAUACAUAUAUAAUAUAUACGAUUAUAUGUAUAUAUACUUUAAUCAAACAAUUUUUUUUUUUCUAAUUUAUGAGAAACAAAACGCAGUGGGAAACGCUUUUGGGCGCGAUUAAACGCUUGUUAUCGUUAUCGUUCGUUCACUUUAUCGAUAAACACAAACCCACACACACACACACACACACAUAAGCACGCACGUCCCGUCGCGGCGCCAACCAAAAGUUUCGACUGAUUGACUGAAUGGCAAAAAAAAUAUCUAAACAAAUAUUUUUUAGUGAAUAAGCAAAAGGUUUUUUUUUUUGUUUUUUUAUUUCGUGGCAGAGCGAGAGAGAGAAAGAAAAAAAUGCAAAAAAUAAAAGAAAAGGAAAAAGAAAUUGAAAAUUAAGCUUUUCAAUAGUGAAAUUAUUUUGUACUAAUUGUUACUUACUCACACACACACACACACACACACAUGCAUAAACACACACACACAUACACAUUUGAGCGUAUUAAAAGAAAAAGAGAGAAAAAAAACUUUUUUUUUUAAUAAUAAAGAAAAAAAUUAUGUACAAAAUUUGUUAAAAUGAAAAAUUCGAAAGCAAACACGAAAAUGCCAUGUACACAUAUUUAUACACACACACACACACACACACACAUGCAAUGGAAAUGAAAAACAAACAAAAAACAAAAAUGAAAUUGUAUUAAUUUUUAUUAAAUUUUAUUCUAUUAAAUUAUUCUUAUUAUUAUAAUUUUUAUGUUUAUUUCUUGUAGCUUAUAAAUAUAUACAUACAUAUAUCUAUAUAUAUAUUGAUAUAUUGAUGAAUUAAUUGUAAACAAUUCAUUGCGAAAUAUUUACUAAAAAAAAAACAACAACAAAAAAUAAAAAAAAAACCAACACCAAGAAAGGAAAUUAUGAGAAAACGCAAAAAGCUAAAACAAUUGUACUAAUAAUUUACAUUUAGUGUUUAUAAAUUUAAAACAAAAACAACAAAAAAAGCAAAAACAAAAAACCCCAAAACAACAAAAAACCAACACAAUAAACAACAACAAAAUACAAAAAC